UUUCUGGCUUGGAAUUCUUUUAAGUAAUGUAGAAGUUAUACAAUUCCAAUUAAUUUUUUGUCGUUUAUCGUGUUAUGUUAUGACUUAUGAGUAUUGAGUUAGAUGUUAUUCAGGCAGAUACUACUGUACUAAUUUGAUUUUUUGUGGUCUGGAAUCAUAAUGUUAUUGGAUUUGGUAUGCGAUUGACUUUUGCGGUGGUGUAGGAAACAAGGACAAUGGUAUAAACACUAACAACUAACAAAUAAAACACUUGUUUCCAUUUUCUGUGGAAGAAAUGGCUCAAGUGUUAUCAAGAGGAACGUUGGAGGAACUGUGCAAAAUUGCUGCACGAUGGCGCGUGCACGGAUUAGGGCGACGAGGGUUCGCCGCUCCGGCUACGAACGCCCGCACUGACACCUCCGCAGAACCCAUGCAACCCAGUAAGACUGGACCAACUGGACGUGUAAAAAUAAAAGUACCCAAGCGAAUUGAUCGCAGCCCUACCGCGAUACUGGAAACGCUAGCGUCUACCGUGGGUCGCGAUCCUACAGCUCCGCAUUAUCGAUUCAUGGACGAUCCAUAUUUUAUCCCUACCAACAACUUGAAUAAGCGCGGCAUGGCACUGUCGAAAGAAUCGGGCCGGAAAGCAGCGCGCUACAUGAUUAAAAAAUUCCCCGACAUCGUGGAGAAACCGCAUGCUGAACCGACGAUUCCCGCAUUUCUGCCUGCGUCCGUGGCCGAUCCAAAGGUGCCGGAUUCGUGCACAGAACAGGAUAUGGUGCAAUUUAUGCGCAGCCAUGCACUGGCGACAGCGACGGCAGUGUGGAAAUCCCUGAAGCAGCAAGGUGUCAGCAUCGCUGCGGAGCUGGAAGAGGAGCUGCUGCAGCGCUUAUGCUUUACCAACAGUGAAAGUAUAGAACCCGAUCAGGUUGGCCUACCGGAGGAGAGGUGGUAUGUGCACUACCUACAGAAAGAGAUGCAGCCCAAAUGGAAAAUCGGUGGACUGGCGGACGAAGUGUUUAACGGUAUGCAGACGAAAUCUCCUGUCGCGUAUUCCGCCAUGAUCUGUGGUACUGCUAAAUAUCUUGCGGUUGACAUCGCCAAUACGCUUUUUACCGAAAUGGAGCAGCAGAAUAUGCCCAUGACCGUGGAUGUGUUUAAUGCUAUGCUGGGAAUUGUGCGCUAUUUGCGCGACGACACCGACAGUCGCUGGGAGUUAGCCAUGUCCUUGUUGUCAAAGAUGGAUUAUUUGGGUAUUGCACCAAAUCUGCACACGUUCAAUAAUGUCCUGGAUGCGGUGUCUCGUGUGGCAAUGUGGAGGAAGGGCCGCGAUAUGGCGCUAGCCACCGUCGCGGAAAUGUACCGGUGCGGUAUUGAGCCAAGUCUAGCCACAUUCUCCUAUCUGUUGAACAUCUUUUGCCGAGAACGGGGACCAGUAAGCCAUAUUCUACACGACAUUCUACCAUUUAUAGAAAAUAACAAAUGGACGGCUCAAGAUGUUCGUGACACCCAGUUCUGGGCAGCGGCCAUGGAGGUUGCCACUCGUCAUUUGCAGGAUCCGGAGGCGGCCAAGCGUGUGCAUUCAGCAUUAAUGGCGAAUAAUAACACUGAUUUCAUUGUGAAUGCUCACAAGGAGCAGAUGUAUUACAAUAAUUUUUUAAAAUUCUUGGUCGUCAGCGAGACAGUGGAGGGAUUUAUGAGUUACUACGAUGAUUUGAUCCCGAUGACUUUCACUCCGGAUGUGGCUUUGGUUGUAGAAAUCAUGAGAAUGUUGGAAACUCAUGAUCGACUUGACCUUCUUCCACGGAUAUGGAGCGACACGAUUUUAUUUGGCUUUGCCCUAAAGGAAAAUAUUGUGGAUACCAUCUUGGAGAUCAUGUUGGCUAAUGGAGAUGAGAAAUUAGAUAAACGAUUUUCCAUUAUUGCCCAAGACAUCCAGAAUCGUAUAAAUAAACAAACGCCGGACCGUGCACAGCUUCUCCGUUGGACUGGGCAGCGCUGCGGCGCCGUCAGUUCUCUCCUACUACGUUUUGGUCUGAUCGACGAGGCGUGGAGUGUGCUGAAUAUGUAUAUAGCUAAGCAGGACGAGUUCACAGGAGUCCCGAGUGCAGCAGCUUUGUCUGAAGCUGUUGAUGCAUUGUUAUCAAAGGGAAAAGUGCAUUUGCCGAAACUGAAAACAUUAUUGAAGCUGGCUAAUGAUGUUGGAUUUGAUGAUGUGACGGCGAAGGUUGACGAUAUUGUGAACAAGUUGGCCUUGGGCGAAGAGGAAGCCGGUGCCCUACGCGUGGCUGCCGGUGCAAACGCCCCGCGCGCUCUCAAGCCGGGGUCGGAUGAAGAAUGAUGUAGUAUGAAUUUUGUUAUUUUUGCGUUUUUAUUUUUGAAUGUUGUGGGGCUGUUUGCUCGCUGGUCGGCAAUAAAGCAAAUUCUUACCCCUUGGUCCGGCAUGCAGAAAUAAACUUUCAUGGAACAGACUCAAUAGAAUAGGUGUCGAGUGGCAGCAGUGUGCUUAUUUAUAAACAUCUGUCUCGUCUCCUCUUUGUGCGCUUUUGUCUUGCGACAUAUGUACGAUACGUCACUUUAUACCACGUUGGUUAGCUUCCCCGAUCUUCCGGAAUCAUGCAUCUUGUUGUUGACAGUUUUUAACAGCACGUAAUCUGUUGUUGCACGAUCAAGUUUCACUAUACUGUACGUUCAUCUCAUUACAUACCCCGCCAAACAAACGUCUCGGCUGUACCUGGCCGUUUAGUUCAGAUGUUAACUUUUUUUAUUUUCCGUGAUGUCCGUAAUUCAGAAUUUCAUUGUUAUCAAGCGG